AUGAGAAAGUGGCAAUUCGCAUCCUGCCACUUAUCGUAUCGUCCUUCACACCUCCAGGCUGCGGGCUUCCGACCCGGGCGUAUCACCAACGUCCUUCGCAAAGGAUGCAGUGCGGCUUUGCAUAGAGACUAUAAAGUUACCAGCAUAUCAUUCGGCAAUCGUCUUUUUUCCAGCUUGCCAUGGUUCUUCCGACGCCGACUUGAUGCUGUCCCACGCACCAUGUUGCGCGCACCACUCUUUGGCCACCGGUUCAUCAGUCCAUGGAGACUUUGCGCGUUGGAUAAAGGAGAGGUGGAGGAAUACAUGCUCGUCCUUUGA